AUGUCGCAAUCACCGAAACCUAGCGUGACUUACUCAAAACUUUUACAUCUCAUACAAAGCCUCCAAAGCCAAAUGGACCAGAUACCCACACCCCCAGGCCUUCAAGCCCGCCUCUUACCUGCCUCUAUCCUCAACCUGUGCGCGGCAGAGGCAAUGAUGUUAGAUAUUGAGAAACACGAUGAUUGGGAAAAGAACUACAUUUCCUUAUGGCAUAGCUUGAUCAACAACAACGGCUUAGUUCUCGAUCGUCUUAACACGCUAUCCGAAACCUUUCAUCUAGAACUAUCUAUAAUUCAUUAUCUUCCGCCUGCUGGGUCAACAGAAUGGUGGGCUCUCUACACCUUCGUACGUCUGAUGACUGAAUGUUCACAUAUAGUUGAAUCUAAGCCAGACUCAGGCGAAGAGGAACAGAGGGAGUGUCCAAUUUGUUAUGAGGCGUUCAUAACCGGAUGCGCCUUGGAUGAGAGCCUACGACGAAGCGCCGUUUGUACCAUUCAUACCCAAGUUGUGAUGCCAGAAAGGUCCACAGCCUUGAAAAUGUACAAAGUCCCUGCAUACCUUUUGUUUCAGAUGACAGGAAAAUUGCCCUUGUUCCUAGAGCCUGUGGAGGUAAAUACACAAAAUUCCAUUUUCCGUAAAGGGGAUGACUGUGACAGCUAG